AUGGUCAGCAAGCUGAGGUGGCUGUGGAGGGCGCCGGUGCGGGCGCUGGGCCGCGCGCGGGAUUACUACGUGCGGAGCAUCACGGGCUGCGCGCGCUACGUCCCGGCCGACGCCGCCUUCGGCGCCUACCCGGUGCUCGUGCCCAUCGCGCCGCUGCCCAGGAGCUACAGCAGCGGCGACUGGGCCGGCGCCGGCGAGGAGGACCUCCGGGAGCUCAUCCGCGCGUCCUCGCGGCGGCGCGAGGAGGAGCAGCGGCAGGUCGUCCAGGCCGUGGCCAGGAGCCAGAGCACGGCGGUGGGGCGCUCCAUGGCGCCCAUCGACGAGGACGCGCCGUGCGAGUUCGGUGGCGGCGGCGUGGGCGGGCUCUACUCCAGGAGCCAGAGCUACGCCGGCGGCGCCGCCGGGAGGCCUCGGUUCCACAGGAAGUAGGCCGUCUUGGGCUGAGCUAGAUGUCGGUCGGAUGCUCCCCGAGACUGUGCGAUCGUGUUGCCAUUCUCUUUGCUGAUACGAUCCCUUCAAAAUUUGGGUUUUUCUUUUGUGCUCUUUGUUAAUAGAUAGGAAUUCAUGAGUGCAUUUGUUGUUUC